AACAACAUCGACGCCAUUUCGAUUUCAGCCUUAAAAUGGCAGUAAAAUGCAGCGCGAGGAUGUUUCCCCUCUAAAUCAGAAGCGACACGCGCUUCCCGCGCCCGCACAUUCAAACGAGCUUUAACGAACAGUUUGUGACGUCACAUGCCGAGAAGAUGGAUAUUAGCACGGCGGUGUUUAACGCGGCGAGAGACGGAAAACUAAAACUCAUUCAGAAGUUGCUGUGCAACAAAAGUCCCGAGGAGCUGGAGGCGCUGGCGGAGGAGAAGACGCAGGGGGGGACGCCGCUCCUCAUCGCCUCCCGGUACGGCCAUCUGGAGGUUGUGGAUUACCUGCUGGAGCACUGCAAGGCUAACGUGGAGCUCGGAGGCUCCGUGAACUUUGACGGCGAGACGAUUGAAGGCGCUCCGCCGCUGUGGGCGGCCUCCGCCGCGGGACAUCUGCCAGUAGUGAAGACGCUCCUGAAGCACGGAGCCUCCGUCAAUAACACCACCCUGACCAACUCCACCCCCCUGAGGGCCGCAUGCUUCGAUGGUCAUCUGGAGAUCGUUCAAUACCUGGUGGAGCAUCGUGCGGACAUGGAAGUGGCGAACCGCCACGGUCAUACGUGUCUGAUGAUCUCGUGCUACAAGGGCCACAGGGAGAUCGCCAAGUUCCUGUUGGAGCGAGGGGCCGACGUCAACCGUAAGAGCGUGAAGGGCAACACCGCCCUGCACGACUGCGCUGAAUCCGGGAGUCUGGAGAUCAUGAAGAUGCUGAUGAAAUGUAACGCCCGCAUGGAGCGGGAUGGUUAUGGGAUGACCCCGCUGCUGGCCGCCAGCGUCACCGGUCACACCAAUAUAGUUGAGUAUCUCGUGCACCAGCCCCGGGCCACCAGAGAGGAGCGGAUAGAUGCCCUCGAACUUCUAGGGGCGACAUUUGUGGACAAGAAACGUGACCUGCUGGGUGCCAUGCGCUACUGGAGAAGAGCGAUGGAGCUGCGGCAGGCGGGUGAGAAGGCUGGAUUUCUGGCCAAACCCCCUCCCGGUCCCCCCGUCCCGGCGUAUGACUGCGCCCACGAGGUGUGCACGGUCGAGGAGCUGGAGGCGCUCAUCACAGACCCUGAUGAGAUGAGGAUGCAGGCCCUUCUGGUGAGGGAGCGCAUCUUGGGCCCCUCGCACCCGGACACUUCAUACUACAUCCGCUACAGGGGGGCAGUCUACGCCGACUCGGGCAACUUUGAGCGCUGCAUCAGCCUGUGGAAGUACGCCCUGGACAUGCAGCAGAGCAACCUGGACCCGCUCAGCCCCAUGACUGCCAGCAGCUUCCUGUCGUUCGCCGAGCUCUUUUCCUUCGUUCUUCAGGACAGAGCCAAGGGCACCCUGGCCACCCGCGUCACCUUCCAGGACUUGAUGGCUGUCCUGAGCAAGAGCGUGCGGGAGGUGGAGCGUGCAGUGGCGCAGCGGGACAGUCCUCCGGAGGCGCCACAGUUCACCAAAGCCCUGUCCAUUAUUCUGCACCUUGUCUUCCUGUUGGAGAAACUCGACUGUACUGCGGAGCAAGAGCACCAGAAGAGGCAGGUGGUCUACCGGCUCCUGAAGCUCAAUCCCCGGGCGAGGAACGGCUACACGCCUUUGCACAUGGCUGUUGAUAAAGAGACCACGUCGGUGGGUCGUUACCCGGUGGGCCGGUUCCCGUCUCUCAUCGUGGCUGGGUUGUUCCUGGAGUGCGGUGCGGAUGUCGACUCCCGCGAUUGUGAGAACAACACGCCGCUUCACGUCGCUGCCACCAACAACUGCCCGGAGAUCAUGGGAGCGCUGAUUCAAGCCGGGGCGCAUUUCGACGCCACCAAUGCACAACACAAGACACCCUACGAGCUGCUGGACGAGCAGAGCAGCGGGCGACACGCACUACACCCGCUCAGUUACGUCACCCUGCAGUGUCUGGCUGCCCGCACCAUUGAGAAACACAGACUUCCCUACAAAGGGCUCUUCUCAGAGGAAAUGGAGGCAUUCAUCGAGCUGCACUGACCUCACCACACAAACACCCCAUUUUACACCACAUACCUCCAUGAAACGUGCCUGAAUGCACAGGCCGGGUGUUAAUCAAAGCAAUAAUCCCAGACUUCUAAUUACAACUAGAGCUGAACUUUAACCAGGUGUCUGCCUUUGAUGGCUUGUGGGAAAAUGUACAAAAGACAAAAUGUGGACACACCUGGAAGUGCCAGCACUGCAGAGAAUUGAGUGAUUUUGUCUUGUUUUCCAGAAAAAAAACUAAACAUUCAUAAAACAAGAUCAAUUUACUUGAGAAGCAGAAUGUCUUGUUUUCAGGGAAAUUGAACAAGAUUUAGUAACAAAACUAUUUGCCAUUGGGGUGAGAAAAAAACUUGAUUGAAAGUGGAAAAGAGUUUAUUUUUGUGACCUGCUUUGGCAAAGAGUUUUUCUUGUUUUAAGCAUAAACUGCACCAAAUGUUGUUUAAUUUCUCUGUAAACACAACUAAAUAUCUCAUGCUAUUCUAGUACUCGAGCGAUGGAUGUUUCAGUAUUGUUGAUCACAAAAUAAGACGAAAAUACUCUGAAAGAAAAAUGAUUUUUGCAGUGAUUGUUAUUUGCUCUUUGGGUUUGAUGUAGGCCUCUGCUGUGAUCUUCCUGUUUGUUAUUUCCUUUUAGAGCAGGAAAUGAACAAUUUAGCCUGUUUGUAUUGGUUUCUGUUGUUUGAUUGAUGAAGUAUUGGCUCAUUUUAGGGUUUAAACAGAUAAUUAAUUGCAUGUACAGAUGCAGAUUGGCAUGCUCGGAGCAUUACUGCGAAACUUUUGCAUCAGACUCUCUAUUUUUAAGGAUCAAAUGUCAUAAGAUGGUUAAUUGUGUUUUUCCCCAGGUCCUGACGCAGGGGUUUGAAGCGCACGGUGCCAAAUGCUAACCUUACAUGAUGAUCUUUUCUAACGUUGAAUAUGUUUUUAUUGUGUGAAUGUUUUCAGGAGAUUAAACGGACUCUGUGGGUUCUGACUCGGCACUUUACGCCCCGUCUAUGAGAACAGAUAUUAUUGAAUUGCUGACGUUAUAUUGAUAUCUAUGCAGUUUAUUGGAGUGACAGAUUUGGCAACCCAGGUUUUUGUUUUUUAUCGUUACAGGCUUACGUGAAAAGCUUCAUAUGCAUCCAAGUCUUAGUAUUUUCUCUGUAUCAUAUGAGCUGUUUUAUUUUUCUGUCGGCCUGUCUGUCAUUGUAAACACAACCUGAAUGAAAGCACUUUGAAAACGUUAAUACUUGGUUUAACCUCUUACACCAGAGACUACAUCUGAUUUGGUUAAUUUAAGAUGAUUUACUACAGAACAAAAAUGUGUUUGGUGAUACCUGAAUAAACUUCAAGUGUCCCAUCUGUUUGUUUGUUUGUUUGU